ACCGGAAGAUUGCCAACGGGGAUUCCUCCUCGUCUCUCUCCGCCCCGCGAAUUUGGAUCGAGGUCUCGUGCCGAGGGCGUUGCAGAUGUCCUCAAAUCCCACCCACCACUUCCGGAGGAGCCACCGAAAAAAAGAAAUGUUUGUAGUUUGUUGACGAUAGAGCCUGGAUUAUGCCUGGAGAUUUGAGGCUGUCGAGGAGAAUCGAAGGUAACUCGAGUGGUGUUCUACGAAAUGAGCUGCUUUCCUUGUUUUUCGAGGAAGAGCGCCGCAGAGGAGGAUCUAUCUCCGGUCGCACGCGUCGUUAAGGACAAUGAACUGACAGAAAAGCCCGGGCAUCCGACACAAAAGGCCUCGGUGGAAGAAGCUCAACAGGAUGCUGGAAAUGGAAGUAUUGCAGCACAGACAUUUACAUUCCGUGAGCUUGCUUCGGCUACCAAGAACUUUCGACCCGAAUUCCUCUUGGGUGAAGAAGGGUUCGGAAGAGUUUACAAGGGCUGCCUCGAGAAUAAUGGCCAGACUGUAGCUGUUAAACAACUAGACAGGAAUGGGUACCAAGGCCAAGAUUUUCUUGCUGAAGUAAAGGCGCUGAGUCUCCUCCAACAUCAAAAUCUAAUCAAGCUUAUCGGAUACUGCGCCGAUGGUGAUCAAAGACUCUUGGUCUAUGAGUAUAUGCCUACGGGCUCUUUGGAAGACCAUUUGCAUGGUACCUCAGCUGAUCAGAAACCUAUAAGCUGGUAUACUAGGAUGAAGAUAGCAUAUGGCACCGCUCAAGGUCUAGAGUUUUUGCACGAGAAGGCCGACCCGCCUGUGAUCUACCGUGAGCUUAAACCAUCCACCAUUCUGCUUGACGAAGAUUUCAACCCAAAACUCUCUGAUAUUGGGCUUGCAAAGGGGGACAAAGUCCAUGUAUCGUCGAUGGUGAUGGACACCAAUGGCUACAGUUCACCUGAAUACACGAGAACAGGUCAGCUUACCUUGAAGUCAGACGUCUACAGUUUUGGAGUCGUGAUGCUCGAGUUGAUCACGGGGAAGAGUGUCAUGGACACGAAUGAACCGAACCUUGUUGCUUGGGCGAUGCCGAUGUUCAGAGACCAGAAAAGGUUCCCGGAGCUCGUCGAUCCACUUCUGCAAGGGGAGUAUCCAUCAAAAGGCUUGAGCCAAGCGGUGGCCGUCGCCGCGAUGUGUCUCCAAGAAGAGGCUUCGGUGCGCCCGUUAAUGGCUGAUGUAGUCAUGACGCUAAGCUUUCUUACGACAGAGUCGGCCGGCCCUCAAGUAGACUCUGCUCCGGCACCCAAUUCACCACCACCGGAAGAAAGAAUGGAUUGAUGCGGCGGAAGCAGAUGAGGAUGAGUGAGUGAGGACUACGACUGUCGAGUUGCGGUGGCCAUGGAGUGGUGUUCUUCUUCGAAAUCAACACAUCAAAGGGAAUAAUCCUACCAUGAGGAGUGAGGCCUUGUGGGAUGGGUUUACCGAGCUUGUUGUUACUUGUCUGUGUGUUUGACUCUCUCUAAUCACCACACAGCAUGAGAGCGUAUAAGAUUUCAGGAUAUGUGUCGAAAAGUCUGCAAUGAUCUUGAAUUAACAUAAGGCGUGUGUGUUUACUCAUGUCUAUAAGAAUAAAUUCAUGAAGAGAUACUUCUAUUAGGCCACCUGUGAGUGGCCGUAAGAGAAAAAGGAGGAUAUGAACUGUGAUCUCAGCUAGUUCUAUAUGCAAUCCUAGAUUGGCCUUCUCCGAUCAACUUGAAUAGUUGCAUGUUGGCAUCGCAUGUUGAUCACAAUAGGCAAAUAGAUUAAAGGAUUAUUAUAUAUAUUGGGUUUUUGACUCUUGAUCUCAAUAAUUUUCACUCCAAGUAAA